AUGGGCUUAAUCGUAUUCUCAUUAACUGAGAUGCCUUCAGAUCAUCAUCAUCCUUUUUUCCGAAAUCUGCUUUCAGUUGCCUUCUUAUCGACUCCUCCUCGCCGGUCCACUUUUCUCCUUUCUUCUUCUCCCUCCUUUCAGGCGUUGACUUUCUUUUCUCGUCCUGUCUCAUUGAAUGGAACUGAUAUCGGCCCACCACCCUGUUACUCUGUCCCCAAUCCAAACUUAUUUCUUCUCUGCCAAUUAUCUACCCGAUCCCUUCAUCUCAUCUUCUUGUCUGUCUCCGAUUCUGUCUGUCUGUUCUCUGCACUCCUCGAUUUCUGUUCACUUUAA